UAUGUGUACUCGAAAUACAUAGACGAGUACAGCCGCAUUCUUUUGGACGACUAUAUCCGAACGGGAGAGAUUGAAGCAAUUAUUCUCCAUGAUCGUUUCACGAGAGAAGACGACCGUUGGCAAUCAGUCCAACUGCAGGAUUGUCUUCUUCGAGCUCGUCGACAUUCACGAUGGAUAGCGUUUAUAGAUCUGGAUGAGCGAUUGACUCUAACUAAUGUAGAAGGAACCAUCUAUGACUAUUUGAAAAACGUCUCUGAUCCUUCUUUUGGUGGUAUUCAGUUCAGGCAAAGAUGGAUUUUGAAAAACGAAUCACUACCGGAACGCUAUGCCGACGAGAAUCAGGUAGAGCAGUACAUGCCAACGCGGCGAUAUCAUAACACCUCUCAUGUCGGGCCACCCGGUCAUACAACGAAAUGCAUAAUAGAUCCAGAGAAGGUUAGACAUUGUUGGACAGAUCUUUAA